AAAGCCUCUCAUUUUAAUCAAUCCACCACACCGGCGGCCACCACCUACUAGAAAUUAAAAUGAAAUCCUUCGCCGUUGCCGAUGACCAAUUCCCCAAGUCGAACGACAAGAAAGUGGUGGAUUGCUCAAAAUCUAAUGCAUUCCCUCUGUUUAACACCAUCUUCUUCGCUUUCUUCUUCUCCGUUAUCAGUUACCUCUUCGUCACCUUCCGCCAAAAGAUCCACACCGCCACCCCUCUCUAUCUCACCUUAUCGGAGAUGGCUGCUGUCGUCUGCUUUGUCGCCUCCUUCGUCUAUUUUCUUGGUUUCUUCGGUAUGAACUUCCUCCAGUCCAUGCCGUUUCCAGAUGAAGAAGAAGACGAUGAACUUGAAGAAACAAACGCCAAAGAGAUCAUCCAUUCAACCAACUCCGCGGGCUGCGUUACCAAGAUUUCCGAUCAAGAUUUUCUAACUCCACUCCCUAAGUCCACCACUGCCGUUGAGUGCCUCACGGCUACGACGGAAGACGAGGAGGUGAUACAAGCGGUGGUUACCGGAAAAACACCCUCUUACUCGCUCGAAUCAAAGCUUGGGGACUGUAAACGUGCAGCGUUCAUCAGGCGACAAGCUUUGGAGAGGAUAACAGGAAGGUCUCUUGAAGGUUUACCAUUAGAUGGUUUCAACUACGAAUCGAUAUUAGGACAGUGUUGCGAGAUGCCGGUGGGUUAUAUUCAAAUUCCGGUGGGUAUCGCCGGGCCGUUAUUGCUCGACGGAAUGGAGUUCUCGGUGCCGAUGGCGACCACAGAAGGUUGUCUUGUGGCUAGUACCAAUAGGGGUUGUAAAGCCAUCAACGCUUCCGGUGGUGCCACCAGUAUCCUCCUUAAAGAUGGCAUGACUAGAGCUCCGGUUGUCCGGUUUGCCACCGCCAAGAGAGCGGCAGAGUUGAAGUUUUUCUUGGAGGAACCACUCAAUUUCCAGACUCUAGCUUCUGUUUUCAACAAGUCAAGUAGAUUUGGAAGGCUUCAAACCAUUCAAUGUGCGAUGGCCGGAAAGAAUCUAUACAUGAGGUUUACUUGCAGCACUGGAGAUGCAAUGGGGAUGAACAUGGUUUCAAAAGGUGUUCAAAACGUUUUGGAUUACCUCCAGGCCGAUUUCCCGGACAUGGACAUCAUCGGAAUCUCCGGCAACUACUGCUCCGACAAGAAACCGGCUGCUGUGAACUGGAUCGAAGGCCGAGGCAAAUCAGUGGUAUGUGAAGCAAUCAUAAAAGAGGAGGUGGUGAAGAAGGUGUUGAAAACUGAUGUAGCUUCGUUGGUGGAACUAAACAUGCUAAAGAACCUGACUGGAUCAGCCAUGGCCGGUGCUUUAGGUGGGUUCAAUGCCCAUGCAAGUAAUAUCGUGUCGGCAGUGUACUUAGCCACCGGACAAGAUCCGGCCCAAAAUGUGGAAAGCUCACACUGUAUUACCAUGAUGGAGGCCGUGAAUGGUGGCAAAGAUCUUCAUGUUUCAGUGACGAUGCCGUCGAUUGAGGUGGGGACGGUGGGUGGCGGGACGCAAUUGGCUUCACAAUCGGCGUGCUUGAAUUUGCUUGGGGUGAAGGGUGCAAACAAGGUGUCGCCUGGAUCUAAUGCACGGCAGUUGGCGAAGGUGGUCGCCGGGUCUGUUUUGGCCGGAGAAUUGUCUCUCAUGUCGGCAAUCGCCGCCGGUCAACUUGUUAAGAGCCACAUGAAAUACAAUAGAUCCAACAAAUAGGUUUCGUUGUAAAGUUGUAUACCUAUACUUUUAUUUAUUUGUUAUCUUAAUUAUUUUUAAAUAGUAAAAUGAAUCUUAUAAAAAAUUAG